AUGUCUGCCGAACUGAAACAGCAAGCCUCAUACGAAGCCACCUUCGCCCAUAACUUCUGGAAGCAAAUAUCUUCUCGCGUGCCGGAGAUUUCCACUCGCACUGAGCUCUCCGGGAAGACUGUAUUGGUGACGGGGGCCAACGUUGGUCUGGGUUUCGAGAGCGUCCGCAACUUCUUGAGAUUACGGCCAAGCUUGGUCGUCAUGGGCGUACGCUCGGUGAAUAAGGGCGAGGAGGCCGCAGCCAGACUCCGUCAGGAGUUCCCAGACGCCCGGAUUGACGUGUGGGAGCUUGAUAUGGAGUCCUUCCGCUCGGUGCAAGCCUUUGCUGCGCGGGCAGAGCGCGAGCUUGAGCGAAUCCACGUCGCCGUGCUCAAUGCGGGCCUGGGAAGGCUCAGGUUCGAGCGCGUCGAGGAGGGCCUUUGCCAUGAAGUCACGAUUCAGGUCAACUAUCUUGCUACCGCGCUGCUCUCCUUCCUUCUCUUGCCCAAGCUGAGACCCGCGACCUCAUCGUCUGAGCCGGGCCGUCUGACCAUCGUCAAUUCCGGGGCUAGCCUUGGCCUCGGCUUGGAACACCCGGGCGAGGGAAGCAUCCUGGAGUCCUUGGAUCGGCCCGAAAAGUUCGAUGGCUUUGGUCAAUAUGGCCUGUCAAAAUUGCUAGUCAUGAUGUUUGUGGCGAAGUUGGCUCAAACAAUCAACCCCAAAGAAGUCAUCGUCAACUGCACCGAUCCUGGCGCUACAAAAGGGACAGCAUUCUUCCGCAGUGUUGAUUCAAAAGUCAUGAGCAUCGUACUAUGCGCCUUUGUGGAACUCAUAGGUCGUCAGCCUGCAGAUGCGUCUCGCAUAUACUUGCACUCGUCUCUCGUGUUGGGUGAGGAGAGCCAUGGGUCAUGGACUGAUUGGAUCAUCAGAGCGUGGCCAAAGACCAUGUACACGGAUCAGGGUCAACAAAUGGGCGAGAGGCUCUGGAACGAGACACUUGAGGAGCUCAAGUUUGCUAGCGUGAAAGAAAAGCUCUAG